GCGCGAAACUUCCUUGUUGGAGAAAGAUUUAGAAACAGAAUUGGAACUCUGAACAAUCCUAAUUAAAACUCAGAUUCUACGAGGCGAAAUUCUCAAAACAGAAGAAGAUGUGGUUCCGAGCGCUUUGUCUUGCGCUCAUCGUGCUGAGCACAAAUGGAUUCAAAAUUCGUUCACGUUUUCAUCGGCGUCAGUCGGGAACGUUUGACCCCUCGAGCAUGAAUAGUCUCCCCUUCAGCGGUAAUCCCUUCAACUCUCAACCGACGUACAACCAACAGAAUUCCACCUCCGGUAAUCAGACGCAGAGUGGUUCCCAGCCCUCAAACAAUCCUUUUAACACACAGCCAAGCGCCGGUCAAAUGAGCAACGCCGGAUAUAAUUCCGGUGGAAGCGGUCAAAAUUUGCCCGGAAGCGCUAUGACGUCAAAUCAAAUGAGCGCGUCCGGUUUCAACUCUGGCUCUCCGAUGUCCGGGAGCCAGUACGGAACCAACGGAAGUAGCUCCCCUAUAGGGUACAUGAACCCGAACAUGAAUAUGAAUCCUUUUGGACAGCCGACCGGAAAUGGGUCAACGAGCACCGCGGGUUUUAAUGGUGGCGGUCAAUUUAACCCGGGAAUGCUGGGGAGCAUGUUCCCAUCGCAAAAUGGAAGUUUUAAUCCGAAUCAAUUAUUUGGCCGAAGGCACUUAGAACGUCGGCAGACCGUACCGCCAACAUCAAGCUCCUCCUCUUCCUCCUCCUCCUCGUCUUCGUCGUCCUCGUCGAGUGGCAGCAGUUCCCCCGGCGGAUCGCCGCCAUUGGGAGGCACCAGUUCCGGUAGCUCGAGUUCCGGGCUGUCUCAAAACAUGCAGCCGCCUUCCUCCUUCAUUGAUCCAUCGCAGUUCAUCAGUGGAGGAGGCGGCGGUAGCCCAAGCAGCAGCAGCGGUAGUGGCAGCAGCUCCGGAAGUUCCUCAUCCAGCAGCUCGUCUGGCUCUUCCAGUAGCGGAUCCUCUAGUGGUUCAGUGCCCAGUUUCGACCCCAACAAGGUGAACCAGAUCACAGCCAACUUCCUGGACCCGUCCAAGCUCCAGCUCGGACAGAGCGGCGGCGGCGGUUCAGGCUUCAACCCGGACCAGUUCAACUCUCAAUCAUUCAGCUUCUUCAACCCAUCGGCUAUGGUGGGGAAAAGACGAGCUAAUUACAUAAGGCGCCAGUCGUCCCCCAGCGCUCCUAGCAGCAGCAGUAGUGGCAGCUCAUCCGGAAGUUCCUCAAGUGGCUCGAUACCCAGUUUCGACCCCAACAAGGUGAACCAGAUCACGGCCAACUUCCUUGACCCGUCAAAACUUCAGCUGGGACCAAGCGGCGGCGGCGGUGGAGGUUUCGACCCGGACCAGUUCAACUCGCAAACCUUCAACUUCUUCAACCCGUCAGCUUUAUUGGGAAAAAGACGAGUAAGCUACAUAAGACGUCAAGCAUCCCCAAGUGCACCUGGUGGUAGUUCCAGCAGCAGCAGCAGCAGCAGCAGCAGCGGCAGUAGCAGCAGCAGCGGAUCCGGAAGUCCCCCAAAAUACGACCCUAACAGCGUAAACCAAAUUACCGGUAACUUUCUCGAUCCCUCCUCUCAGAAGCUCGGGGCUAGCAACGGCGCUGCCGGCGGCUUUGACCCAGAUCAGUUCAACACACAGAACUUUAAUUUCUUUAACCCACAGUCGCAGUCGGGUGGUGGCGGCGGUGGCGGCAGCAGUAGCAGCGGGAGCGCACCGAAAUUCGACGCUAACAAGGUCAAUCAGUUGCAGACGAAUUUCCUUGACCCAUCCACGUCAAAGCUUGGUCAGAGCGGUGGAGCGGCUGGGGGGUUCGAUCCCGACCAGUACAACUCUCAGACCUUCAACUUCUUUAACCCACAGGCGCAAGUUGGACGAUAAAAGCAAGUCGGUGUUUACUGUAACGAAGAGAAUGUAGGGAAAUAAAGUGUUUGAAAACAAA